GAAAGGAGAUACACACCUCUGAUAGUCCCAGCAAGUGGGGUAUUUCUAUCUUUUUCCUUUUACCUUAGAAAGGAAAGUGAUACCCCUUUGUGAAGAAGAAAGACUGUCUCAACGCUACACCGCUGAACUUUGCAGGCACGCAGCUCCGCAGCCACACGUUGUAGCCGUUACUUUAUACCUACUGCUUUCGCUGAACGCCUUCCCUUUUUCUUUUCUGGCGGAAGUCCACCCAGCGCGACCCGCAUCUCCCCUUCUACGAACGAGAAGGAGUAAUGUGUGCGGGGACGGUGCUACUUUCCAGCACCGCGCGUCGCGUUGCGUGUCGGGCACUGCACUGCAACGGCCGGAAUUCGGCCACUUCCAUACCAAACAGAUGCAUCUCGCUCUCGCCGUGGCGCCUCAAAGCUGGUGCUUUGGCAUCUCCUCGUCAGCCGCUAGAGCACAUGUUUCGUCCCACUGGUGCGAAAGCGACUCCAUUAUCGAGCGUGGUUCUUCGCACCGGAUACGCCACAUCGCCUGCCACAAAUCAUCCGCCAACAGACAGCGCUGCUGCCGCUUCGACGUCGUAUGCGGUCACCGAUGUGCACGCGUUUGAGCAGCUUCUUCGUGACGCGCUGCAAGUAACACCGGUAGACGCUCCCCAACCUGACAAACUGACGUCCGCAGCAGCGUCGACGUCAUCGAUGCAAAACAUGACCACGACCGCGACGACUCUCCUCGCCAAUCACACGGUGCGGGAGCUGCAGGCCCUCCUGGCAGAGACCGAAGCCGCACUCGAGCAACCUGCGGCACGAAAGGCGGCGAUUGACCGGUACGCUUACCAGGUAUAUCUGCCGCUGCUCAGAUACGGCACCUUCGCGCUGCUCUCCAUGCAGUUUGUGGUGUACUUCAACUGGAUCUUCUUCGUCUUUGACUGGAACUUAGUGGAGCCGACGACGUACUUUUUGGGCUACACAGGCGUGUUCUGCAGCCUGGUCUAUCACUACUACCGCUGCGGCGAGGCUGACUUCACGUGGCGAAACUUGUUUCAGCACAUGGCACGCCGCGAGGCGGAGAAGAUGUACGUGGCGAAGAAGGUGGACGCAGAGACCGUGGCGCUGCUGCAGCGCCGCAUUGCCGAGGUGAAGGCGGAGCUCGCACGGGUGUCCGCUUGA